AUGCGCACCGUACAAGUGUUUUCAGGCAGCUCACACCCUGCGUUGACAGAAGCUAUCUGUGAACGUCUAGGAACUGUUCCAGCUCAGUGUGAACUACGCAAAUUCAGCAAUGGAGAAACAAGCGUCAAUAUAGGUGUUUCCGUGCGGAACCAGGAUGUCUUCAUUGUCCAGAGCGGGAGCGCCAAAAUCAACGACAGCGUUAUGGAGUUACUGAUCAUGAUUUCUGCCUGCAAAGGGGGGUCUGCUAAGUCUAUUACUGGUAUUUACUUCCCGUACUCUCGUCAAUCGAAGAAGAAAAGUCAUCGUGGCUCUAUAACAGCACGGAUGUUGGCCAAUCUGCUCACUGUGGCUGGUGUGGAUCAUAUAAUUACAGUGGAUUUACAUGCGUCUCAAAUGCAAGGAUUUUUCGGGAAACCCGUCGAUAACCUCUUUGCUGAGCCCCUAAUUGCGCGCUGGAUUCGAAUGAACGUACCUCGUUGGAACGAAGCGGUUGUAGUCACUAAAAAUGCCGGAGGAAGUAAAAGGGUUACGUCCUUGGCUGAUUCUCUGAAGUUGAACUUUGGCAUCGUGAACACAGACCGGAGGCGUGACAAUAAGAACGGGGGGGUUUCAGGCAGCACCACAUUUUUCGAUUCUCUUGAACAUGGUCUUCCCACAUCGCGAGAUGAAUUGGUCCCUGUGGAUCAUGUUAGCAAAUCCGAAUAUCCGCAGCCGCAGCCUUCUUCGACCGCCGCUCUCGUACAACCAUCCCAGCCUACCGUCUCUCCCAGCCCGUUAACUCAAGAAACUUCCGCUAACGAAACUGAGGCGCAGUCAUCAAAGUCCACCCGUUCGCUUAGUCCGGCUCAGCAUCCUGAAGCAUCGUUUUCUGCCCGUCGUCUUUCUGAGCAAGAGGCUGCGUUUGAAUACACAGAUGAGCGCGCAAGAGAAGUUAUUACAGGUAGACUAGUACAGGGACAUAUUGUAGACGAUGACUACCAUUCACCCAUCCUCUCGUCAUGUGCAUCUGUUACUAACCUUCAUACGGACCGCAAUGGCACCGAGUCCUCAGAACCACCCACUCAGGAUCCCAUGACGCUUUCCUUUAUAUCCACAACGUCGUCUUUCCAACCUGACCAUGCUCUUGGGGGCUCUUUUGAUGCUGCUGUUUCCUCUGAUGAAGAAGACAAUAAACAAGAAAUGUCCACUGGAGAAAGGACGAUAACCCUUGUUGGUGAUGUCAAGGGAAAGACAGUUUUCAUCGUGGAUGACAUGAUUGAUAAGUGCCUCUCAUGGAUCGCUGCUGCAGAAACAGUUGUGAAGAAAGGAGGAGCUAAAAAGGUCUAUUGCAUUGCCACACAUGGCCUGUUUGGUAUUGAGUCACUGCAGGAGAUGGAAGCCUGCGAGUGCAUUGAUUUCAUUGUAGUCACGAAUUCGUUCCCAAUUCCCACGAAAUCGAAGGAGUUGAAAAAGUUAAUUGUUAUUGAUUUAUCAGCGCUCCUAUCAGAAAGCAUAAGACGUCACCAUUAUGGAGAGAGUAUCUCCUCUCUUUUCCAAAAUCACGAUUAG